GAGCAGAGCGGAGAAUGUAGUGCAGGGGGACACAAACACCUGCCUCUCCCACCGACAUCAGCACAAUACGACUGGACUCGUCUCUCGUCUGGAGGGCUUCACUGGGCGAGUCCGGCGUCGCCUGAACGGGCAUGAUCAUCUACGUCUGUCAUAUCCAGAGUGAACAAGACAAUGUUUGGAGGAAGUACUCUAUCCUGAACUGAAAAGAGGAAGUGACUGGACAGAUCAUGAAGCCAGCAGACUUUUCAGACUAGUGCCCAAUCAGAACUAGUGUGCAGAAAGCUGCUAUGGACUAAGACGUUGACUCCAGAAGACACAUCUCCGGUUUGGACCACCUCUUCAUGAUGGUCCUGUUUCUGGUGGCGACAAAUCUCAUAUCAAACAUCUCCUCACAUGCGAACCGGACCUCAGAGCCGCCUGCUCCUCAGGGUUCACACGUCCUGCCCUCUGCCCUUGUUAUCUCCCUCCUCCUCAUCAUCUUAAUCCUCCUCACGGUCUACCUGCUCAGGUUCAGGCACCAAAGGAAGGAUCUUGUCACCUCGGUGGACAAAAAGUUACCCAAUGGCUUCUUGGAAGAUCAAGAACAGACAGUGGUGCUCCUCCCCCGCUCUCCCUCUCCAUCGAAGCGUUUCUUCCCCAUCCUGCUGGACUCCCUGGAGGAAGAGUUCCGCCUGCGCAUGGCAGAUGAUGGCAAACUGUUCAGAGAGGAAUUCAACUCUUUGCCUUGCGGUUUCGGCCGCGGCACAUUCGAAGAGGCAAGUAGAGAGGAGAACAAAGACAAGAACAGAUACCCGAACAUACUGCCGUAUGACCACUCCAGAGUGGGGCUUUCACAUAUAGAUGACCAUAUGUGCUCAGACUACAUUAAUGCGUCAUACAUAGAUGGUUACAGAGAAAAGAACAAAUUCAUUGCUGCUCAAGGUCCAAAGCCAGAGACAGUGGCUGACUUCUGGAGAAUGGUUUGGGAGCAGAAAUCUGCCACCAUAGUCAUGUUGACCAACACACGGGAGAGAAAAGAGGAGAAAUGCUGCCAGUACUGGCCGGAUCAGGGCUGCUGGCAGUAUGGGUGCGUGAGGGUGGCUGUGGAGGACGUCACAGUGCUGGUAGACUACACGGUCAGAAAGUUCUGCGUGCAGUAUCACGCUGCAGACGGUUGCAGGGCUCCGAGGUUGGUCACCCAGCUCCACUUCACCAGCUGGCCUGAUUUCGGUGUGCCCCUCUCCCCUAUCGGCAUGCUGAAGUUUCUCAAGAAAGUCAGGAGUGUCAACCCAUCACACGCUGGACCCAUAAUAGUUCACUGCAGUGCUGGGGUUGGGAGGACCGGCACAUUCAUCGUUAUCGAUGCCAUGAUGGAUAUGAUGCACGUCGAGGGAAGAGUGGACGUGUUCGGCUUUGUGACCAGAAUACGAAACCAGCGCUGUCAGCUUGUGCAGACAGACAUGCAGUACUCCUUCAUCUACCAGGCUCUGCUGGAACAUUAUCUGUACGGUGACACUGAACUGGACAUCUCCUCGCUGGAGGGUCACCUGCACAGACUCCACAGCACGCAUAUACACAUGGACCGAGUGGGGCUGGAGGAGGAGUUCAGAAAACUGACUAAUGUCCGGAUAAUGAAGGAGAAUAUGAGAACUGGGAAUCUACCAGCUAACAUGAGGAAGAACAGAGUAUUGCAGAUCAUUCCAUAUGACUUCAACAGAGUAAUAUUAUCUGUGAAAAGAGGUCAAGAAUUCACAGAUUACAUAAAUGCAUCUUUCAUAGAUGGUUACAGGCAGAAGGAUUACUUCAUAGCCACACAGGGCCCUUUAGCCCACACUGUGCAGGACUUCUGGCGCAUGGUGUGGGAGUGGAAGUGUCACUCCAUCGUCAUGCUAACUGAGCUAAAGGAGAGAGAACAGGAAAAAUGUGUGCCUUACUGGCCUGCAGAGGGCAGCGUUUCGUUUGGAGAGUACAAUGUGGAGCUGAAGAGAGACACGCUGUGCAAGACCUUUAGUCUCCGGGAUUUGCUGCUCACAUACCUGCCGGAGAAGCAAAGCCGCCUGGUCAGGCAUUUUCACUUCCAUGGCUGGCCAGAAAUCGGAAUCCCGUCAGACGGAAAAGGGAUGAUUGAUCUUAUCGCUGCAGUGCAGAGACAACAGCAACAAUCUGGCAACCACCCCAUAGUGGUGCACUGCAGUGCUGGCGCAGGCCGGACCGGAACUUUCAUUGCCCUCAGCAACAUCUUGGAGCGGGUCAAGGCUGAGGGGCUACUGGAUGUGUUCCAGACUGUGAAGAGUUUACGCAACCAGAGACCACACAUGGUCCAAACUGUGGAACAGUACGACUUCUGCUACAAAGUGGUACAAGAUUUUGUGGAUAUCUUCUCAGACUAUGCUAAUUUCAAAUAAUGGACUUUUCUUUCAGUGCUUCUGGUAACUGUAUUUUUUAUGACGGCGUUUUAGGGCCACUGUAAAAAUAGUAGACUUCGAGAAUAAAGUCGUAAUAUAAGAAAAAAGUCGUAAAAUGUUGUCAAAAAAAGUCAUAAUAUUUCGAGAAUAAAGUCGU